GAUAUCAUUUGACGUCGUUACUUAGACAGCGUCUGGGGCGCCAUUAUUUCACACAAACAAUACAAAUGCCUUGUUUUUAAUCAAAUUAAGCAAAAUGUACCAAAAUGAGUUGUGAGCCCGACUUAAAGCGUCGUAAAAUGGAAACUCACGUCAGCGGCGAUGAUAAUGUACAAGACGUGAGCCUUAACGGUGUAUUGGCAUCCAAGACACUUCACUGCCGGUCUGCCACUGCGUCCGCCAGCGGGGACUUUGGGGACACCACGCACCAGUGUCUGGCCCUGGUCGCCGGCGAUACCUCUGAGCACGAGGGCGAGACAGAGCGCCACAUCGAUGUGUACCAGCAGUCGUGCGAGUUCGGGGAUUCCUGGACUCAAACGUACCAGCUGCCGUUGAGCAAAUGUCCACAGCGGCCAAUCCGAACUGGAAACCAGUACUAUGAUGGAAUAAUUCCAGAAUUGGAAGCGGUCGGUUUUAAACCGCUGCAGAUCGUAGCUAAAGGCAAGUCUGGCACAAUCGUCUUGGCACAAGACCUCAGCAAGAUGCAGAAUUACCAAGAUUGUGAGACAACUCCGGUCGCAGUUAAGCUCAGCACCGGCAAGCCACGGCGAAAUGUUAACCGGCUGGGUGUGAAGGCUGAAAUGUAUGAGGAGAUCUCGACACAUCGCGAGCUGCACCACCCGAACAUCGUAUCAUGGCUGGCCAAGAUUGACUACAAGGGCCGCGUAGCGAGCGUCAUGGAAUACUGCCCCUGUGGAAACAUGGAGGAGAUGCUCAAAUAUCAGCCUGGCCGAUUUCUCAUGGAGGACGUCGCUCGCCGCUACUUCCGACAGAUCCACGCCGCCGUCGAGUACAUCCAUCUCCAGGGUUAUGCGCACAGAGACAUCUGUCUCCAGAAUGUUCUUCUCAGCCAAGACAACGUCGUGAAACUGAGUGACUUCGGCAGUGCCGUCAAGUUUAUGGUGUCAUGUGAUCCACUAGUAGAGGACGAGUGUGGAUCAUUGGGCUACCAGGCCCCGGAAGUGCUCAGUAAGACCCCGUACAACCCAAAAGUGGCAGACAUCUGGUCCCUAGGGGCCACCCUGUACGCCAUGUGUACCGGCAGUCUGCCCCUCGGAACUAUCAGAAGUGACGUCAUUGAGAACUCCUCCAAGGAGAUCAAGUUCCCUUCGCCCCGAGUGAUGACCUUCAGUCGCCAGUUCAUGGAGCUCGUGCGGGGCCAUCUGGCCAUACCCAGCGUCAGGUACACGCUCAAUCGUAUCGCCCACAGCGACUGGGUCGUCAAGAGCGACAACUCCGUGCAAAUAGGCCACUUCUACAAGGUGCGACAACCGCACAAGACUGGCGAGGGGGCGCUCGAGCGAGAUAUCAAGAUCAAACUGCAGAUCUAAUAUAAUCAUACUUAGUGUGUGUUCUUAUCUAAAAAUAUUCUACAAUUUUACCCACAUUUAUUACUGAAAAGUCCCUUUAUAUUUAAUUCAUUAGCUUCUUACUUUAUCCGUUCCAAUGGUAUCUUUAAUGUUUGUUGAAUUGUUAAAACAUUUUUGUGUAUUCGGUUUAAUAUAUAUUUUUUAUAUUUAAAUUGCUAUUGAAUUUGAAAUUUUAAUACAAUAUCAUAUCAUUAAAUGCAAGGUUCAUAAGUUUGCAACACAGUUUGAUAUUUAACAUUUCGUGGUUUUUAAGUUGUAUGCGCCAUAAAAUAAGAUUAUUAAACUACCGGUAACCAUG